AUGGCUUCUUUAAACAAGACCACCUUCGACCUUCCUGAUUUCGAUGAUUUGCCACCAGUGGAGGGUAUGCCUCAGGGCUGUGCCUGGGGUGUUUUCGAUAAAGAUGGAAAGAAGGAUCUUUACGGUACACUGAACCUUCUCACGCCUGACGUUAUCAAAGCAGCUGGUGCAGAGGUCCGGGAUGGAGUUUCCAUCUCCCUCAAAAGUAGCUGGUCUCUGGACGGCCUGACCAAGCUUCACAUUCCAGGCCGAAAACAGGUCGUUCACAAGGUUCACACGCUUCAAGCCGCAAAGUUGAGCGAUGGAGUUGGUUGGGACGACGAGCUGGAGUUCAACACUCAAAACAGCAGUCAAUGGGACAGUCUCGUUCACUGGCACCACCAGCCGAGUGGUCUCGCCUACAACGGUUCCAAUCCAACCCAAGAGGACAUGUGUGUCAAAUCGACAGCCGACAAUAAAAUACCUACGAUCGACCACUGGCACACUCGCGGCGGCGUGGUAGGCCGUGGCGUUUUGAUCGAUUACAAAGCUUACGCAGACGAAAAGGGUAUUGAGUACCAUCCAUUUGCCGGCAACCGCAUUACCGUCCAGGAUAUUGAGGCUGUCGCUAAGCAUCAAGGCCUCGAGUUCAAGCACGGCGAUAUAUUCCUUAUUAGGUUUGGAACGACCGAGACCAUUGACAAUAUGCAGCCAGACAGCCCGACCCAGCCUAAUGACAUUCAGCUAUCCGGUGUCCAUGGCUCCUUGGAGACAGCCAAGUGGUUCUGGAAUAAGCACUUCUCUGCCGCCGUUUCAGACUCCAAUGCAUUUGAGGCUUUCCCCCCCGUGAAACCCGACGGAAGUAUCUCCGGUUGGUCGGACCUAGUUCUUCAUCCUUGGCUUUUGAGUUUGUUCGGUAUGCCAAUUGGCGAGUUGUGGGAUCUCAGUCGUCUAUCGGAGUACUGCAAGAAGACUGGUCGGUACUCUUUUAUGCUGACGUCGGCGCCUAUGAAUAUCCCUUGCUUAGUGGGAUCUCCGCCGAAUGCUUUGGCAAUCUUUUGA